AUGAAGAGUGUGUACUUAGGAAAACGCCACCCGUUUAUAUAUUUUUCAAAAGUCAGGCCGGGUAAUAAAAUCAUAAAGCUCUCGAUGAGCUUGACAGAUUACGAACAGAAGCGUGAUAAUGCGCCGGCAGGUAACAUUAGGACACUCGAGCUGCGCAUCAACCCCAUGAGUUCUAGCAAAGUCGUGAAGAGUGUACUUGGGAAACUGAAAAGCACGGGCAACGUGGUUGGCUCGUAUCCCGCUGCCCACAAUGCAGCUAGGGGACACGGGAGCGAGGACGAAGAACUGAAAUACGCCAAGCCUAGGAUCUUAGAACUGAAAUCGUAUAACCCUCUUUUGGCAAAGUCAGAUUUUGUGGACCUGCUGCCGCAGACGAGAUUCUCUACUCGCGCUGUUGCAAGCUCUGUCCUUGACUUCGAAGUGCUCAAGGUGCGUGACCCCAGGUACUUUCAGUUCAGAGACAAGUACAGGCUUGUUUUCCCCGACCACAAAACAAUGGAGGCUUACAGAAAAUACAUCACCUUUAGCCGUGUGGACGGCGUAAGGCCGCAUUUUACACAGUCCAGCUCCCAGAACCCUGAAGUUGGAUAUGGGUUGUACGCGCGUAACUUGCUCGCUGCAUUCGACUCUCGCGAGAGCUUUUUCCAUACAUUACGUUCAGGUAGGGGUGCUGGCACCCCAGAGCUAACAUUAGAAACUAUUAGGAAAACGGUAGAGCCUCUCCAGACAAAAUCGCUGCUGGUUUGGAACUUCCCUUCGGAUCUACGACCUUACCACAUCAUGGACAGAUUCUGGUUGUACGACAUCAAGCACUGCUUCAAGUUAUACUGGGAUCCCACGACGGGCCGUACCUUGACCUUCAUGGCAUUUAACUCAGAAGAUGACUGCGCAAGAUUUUCCCAGAACUACCAUGGCGUGUAUUUUCAUGAAAAUGACGACUGCAAAUUGCUGGUGGAAGCACUCACUUAA